AUGUCUGGCACCACCGAUCUGCUCGCAGAGGAGUGGGACAAAGUCCUCCCAGUCCCCAUUGUGGUAUCGACAACGGAACCAAGCGAGUUUAUCCGCCUUCGGAGAGCGCAGCGGCGCAGUGCCCAUUUGUUUUGCAAAUCAGAAAGGGGAGAGGGUCUUGCGGCAACCCUCAGCGUGCGGCGUUGCGUGUCUGAUGAGCUCUUUUCUAGCCUCUGCCUCCCUGGCUGUUCGCCUUUGUGGGUAACCCACCCGAUCAAGCAUGAAAAUAUAGUUGCCCUGGAAGAUAUUUAUGAAAGCCCGAACCAUUUAUAUCUGGUCAUGCAAUUAGUGUCUGGGGGAGAGCUUUUCGACCGCAUCGUCGAGAAAGGGUUCUACACCGAGAAGGAUGCCAGCACCCUGAUCCGGCAGGUCCUGGAUGCCGUCUACUACCUGCACCGAAUGGGCAUCGUGCACAGGGACCUCAAGCCCGAGAACCUGCUUUACUACAGCCAGGAUGAAGAGUCAAAAAUUAUGAUCAGUGACUUUGGAUUGUCAAAGAUGGAGGGUAAAGGAGAUGUGAUGUCCACAGCCUGCGGCACUCCUGGCUAUGUUGCUCCUGAAGUGCUGGCCCAGAAACCCUACAGCAAAGCCGUGGACUGCUGGUCCAUUGGGGUCAUCGCAUACAUCCUGUGA